AUGGAACCGAAUGGCAACGCUGAAACUACGAGGGAUGCUAAUGCACAGGUGAUUAAAAAGUGGCUCGACUAUGUUAAAAGUUUUGGUCCGAAUGAGAUACCGGCUGAUGGAUGCAAAUAUAUCUGCGACACACUGAGUAACUCUCGAUCGAGCGUCGGUUUUCAUGAAAAUAUCGCCACGGACAGGAUUGUUCAAGUCGAUGAAUAUUUCCAUGGAAAAACUGGCGGCGAAAAAGAAUGGAAGAUCCGGUUUACGAUCGACGCCGACGUGCCUCCAGAACAUAGCAGUCAGAAACCUCAUAUCGGCUAUACAGUUGAAUUGAGUCCAGUAACAGGAAAUCAUAGAAGGUUUAAUGGCCAUAUUUUCCUACCUUCAGGUGUUCUGCCGAUGGGUAGACCAAGCACACAGGAAUAUAUGGAUGAUCAUACAAAUGGGGAAGACCACCGCGACUUCGGACAGAAAGGGCAUGCCAGUUGGAGGCGUGUUUAUCAGAAGAAGCGGAAGUGA